ACGGCAGAGAGCUGAAGUCAUCAGUUACCAGACGAGCACGCGAGCUGAGAGGAGGCGAGAGAAAGGGAGAGAUAGUGAAUUGCUCAACCGUGAAACCGUGAGCUAUCGAGAUUGAAUAGAGAAGAGCGACGUCUCGGUGACUAUUUAGAAAUAAAGCGUCAGAGUUUCACUGAAAGUUCCUCGAGAUGCUGUGAUGAGGAUGACGCGAGGACCUCCUACAUAUUAGGCUCAAUAAAUAAAGUAACCUUCUCACCUGGACGUGUCGUGCGGAAUCACAGUGGGGAAUACAUACAGUAAUUCAGGAAGACAAUCCAACUUUAACACCAUGCCAGUUUAAUUUGAUUCCCUCCUCCCCAUAUUUAAGUUUUGCUUUCAGUGCGCUGGAUGGAGAACUAACACUUUCGUUGUUUCCAUGGAAUGAGUGGCUCUCUCUUUGGAUAUCUCACAGUGGCACAUAUGUGGAUUGCCUCCAAUAUGUUACUGCCGAAUCGGCCCAGGUGCAUUUGGGCCAUUGAAAAUUCAGUUUCUCUUGCGCGUGAGCACAGCUGGGGCUUCUGCCCGGUUUAGGAAUAACUUAUUGAGUAUUGCACAUAUCAACGUGCGAUAAGGGACAUUGACAUUGACGGGACAAGCAUCAUUCCCCUGAUUACUAUGCAAUUACAAUUGAUCUCCAUAGUUUUGAUCUUGCAUUGUAUGGAAUACACAAACUGUCAGCAUCAAGACUCCAGGCACCGGCUAAACAAACAGGGUUCAGGGGUGAGCUCCCAGGGAUGCCAGGGAGGCUGUCAGACCUGCUCGGUUUACAAUGGCUGUCUGACCUGCAAACCCAAGCUUUUUAUUCACCUUGAGAGGGACGGGAUGAGGCAGAUUGGAGUGUGCCUGCCCUCCUGCCCUAAUGGUUUCUACGGCACCCGUUCCCCUGACCGGAACGACUGCAUAAAGUGUGGGUCAGAGUGCGAAUCGUGCUUUAACAGGCACUUCUGUCUGCACUGCAGAGCGGGCUCCUAUUUGCACAAGGGCAAGUGCAUGGAGAGCUGUCCAGAUGGGCUGAUGCCCAGCGAGACCAAGAAAGAGUGUGUACCUGCAUGUCCUGCGGACUGCGACUCCUGUGAUAGUGAUACGUGUACGAGGUGUGCGCCAGGACAUUACCUACUACAUGGGCAAUGUUAUCCUGUCUGCCCAGACGAUUUUGAGCCCAAUAACUUAAAUGAGUGCAUCCCAACAGUGCACUGUGAUGUGGGCGAGUGGAGUGAAUGGGGCCCCUGCUCACGCUCAGGUAAAACCUGCGGCUUCAAAAGGGGCGAAGAAACAAGGACCAGGAAGGUCCUACAGAAUCCCUCUCCAAUGGGAAGCCCGUGCCCUAUGACUUCUGAUAAGAGGGAAUGCUUUGUCAAAAGAAAAAGAUGUAAGCCGAAAGGUCAGCGACGGAGAGAGAAGAAAAAACACUUAAAUCUGCAGGAUAAAGACAACGGCGAGGCCCGUCGAGAGAGGAAGAGAGAACGAGAGAAGGAGACGAUCGACCGAGAGGCUUCAGAAAGCCGGAACAAAACAGAGCACCGUCGCCGGAGGGACCAGAGCAGAGACGCUGGAACAGUAUAAGCUCCUCAUUGCUCCUCUGCCUUUCUUUCCCCUAUCAGGCCAUGUCACCCCCUCACCCUCUUAACCCCUCGCUGAGGGGGUGUUGCUGCUACCUGUAUAAUUUAAAUGUAUACUGUAUAUGCACAUGAGAGAGG